ACAUCUUCCAUGUGUCGUCAAGACAACCACGAGUGGAGCAGAGGUCCCUGAUAAAAAACGAAAUCUAAUCAACAAUGAACGGCAGCAGAGUCAAGCUCGGUUGUCCUCUUCAGACGCCACCUCCAGCCUGACGCCUGCCACCGUCCUCAGCACCAUCUCUGAAUGUGAACGCAGACGUGGCACUGUGUCCGUCUGCCUGCAGCUGACAGAAGAAGACCUGGAGGCCACCAAGCUCGACCCCAGAAAGGUCGAUAAGAACCUGAGGGAAAAUUCUGAUGAGAACUUAAUGGAACAUUCACAGAAACAGUUCAGUUCACAUCCACAAAUCACCAAUCUGCUGUCACAGGCUCUACAGACUAACCAGGUGAACAACUCUGUGUUGACUCAUCACGGAGAACUGGGCGGUGUUGACACUCCUCCGUCCUCCUCCAUCUACCCCCUCCCCAAACAGCAGAACUUGCCCAAGAGACCCACAAGCCUCCACCUUCUCCCCAAAACCAAGGAGACCCUGUCGGCCUCUUCUCGACGGAAGCUGGAGAAGCUCAAGUCGAACCACAGACAGGUGGAAACAGGCGUUGCUAAGAUGAACACGGUGACAGUUGCCGCAGCAGCAGAGCCCCACUUGGUGACCACGGUAAACAGCAACACCAGCACUAGAGGCAGCGUUGCAACUGGAAAAAUUGUCCAGUCCAUAACAGUGGCUGCCAACAGCUACAGUGUGGGGGUCCCCACCCUGGUGACGAACAGUAUGAUCACUGGAGGUCGAACCAACCCAGCAGGACCACAGCUGGAGGACGACAACAGGAUGGAGGAAGAGACGAUCGGAAGAGAAGACAGUCAUCUGAAUCUACUCAACUUCAGUCCUGAUGAAGACGAACCACUGCUGAGGAGAGAACAGCCUCCAGCCAAAAGCCAAGACCUUCCUCAUCAGUCACGAGCAUCAGGACGAGGAUCAAACUCCAACAACAACAACAACAGGAUUGUGUUGGGAGCAGAGGUCAAGAUCCAGGAUUUAGAGGUUAAAGCUGACAGGACGAAGGGUUCAGAGGUCAUUCAGGUCAGAGAAGUCAUCAGUCCCAAACCUGAGCAGAUUUGUGCAACUCCAGUUACACAAGCGCAAGAUCCACCCCCCAAAACCUUAACCCAGGUCGAGGAACCUUUGGCUGCAGAAACCUUUACUGCAAGUGAUCCAGCCUCAGAUCCAGAAGCUCCAGAAUCUCAAGAUUUAGAAGCCGCUGCUCCUAAUGAAGCCUCAGAUCCAGAACCUGCAGCUCUGCAAGUUUCAGCCGUAGAUCAGGUGGAGCAGACCAGAACCAGGAGACCUGAGCGUCCUUGUUCUCUGGACCUGUCCUCGUCCUUCCCCUCUUCAGAAGAUCUGAGUGCUUCAGGAGAGAAAAUAAAACGUCGCGUUAAGACACCGUACACUCUGAAAAAAUGGCGUCCAGCCUCAUGGGUUGUUUCCACGGAUACAGCUCUCGACCCAGACUUUGAGUUCAACACCGAUGGCAUCAGUAGCAGCCACACUCACAUUUAUUCUGGUCUAAAUAGAGCAAGAAGGGUCAUCCCUAAAGUCAAACAGUCAAAAUCCAGCAUGGCUGUGUUUUGGGUUGGAUGUGGAUCCACAGCGGCCUCGUCCUCUGAGCCUGAUGGGAUGAGCAGCUUCUAAUGUCUUCUUGUGUCACCUCUUCUUCUUCCUUCUCUUUUAUUGUGGAAAAUACACUUUGUUGCCCAACUUCUCAAAGUAAACUGAACCCGAACCUGUUUUUUUACAGAAAUCUCGACGGAGGCGAGAUUUGAGGUUUGCUUGAUUGACCUGGAAACCUUUUGAAGGAUUAACUGUUACCUUUUGUUUCGAUCGGACCUCGAACCUUCGGCCUUUAACGUACAAAGUAUCGCGAAAGCCAAUUGAUUUCCAAACUUUGAGAUGAUUGGCUCAUGUUGUAAUUAAUGUUGUGACCUUUACCCGACCAGAGAAAAAACAUCGCCUCUAACCUGUGGUGGCAGAUGUUGAUCCUGCCUGGUUAACGUCUCUGAUGGUGGGAACUUGACGGAUCCUCCUCUGUGGUGGAUGUUUGGGCUCGAUAGAAGAAGAGAAGAAGAAUCUUUUCGAUGAUUGGCUCCUGUUGUGAUUUCUUGCGUAGUUGUUGGACAGUUGAUGGUGGAAGUGUCCUCGGUCCGACCUGAGUGGUUUCACUCACCUGUCGUCACCCGAAGAAUCGGACUCGUGCGUCUUGUAUGUUGUGAAUGUUGCUGCAUGUGGGAGUGACCCUGACCUCCCUGAGACUUUCAGCUCUUUCUGUUGGUGGUGAAGUUAGCAACGCUCUGCAGAUACUUGGACUCCUGCUGUGUAGAUGUGAUGAUUGGCUCGUCAGCGUAACCAAAGAGGAUCGCUCAAAUCAAAUUGUUUUAUGCACUUUAAAGAAAGUCUGUGUCCGUAAACCUUAUGAGGGACGUCUCGUGCAAUUCCAGGAGAAACAAUAGUUUCAAUUCCAAAUGUUUCUUCUCUGUGUCUUUGUCGAAUGUGAUCAAAAGAUUUUUUGCUUCAAAGCCUAAAUGUAGCUAUGCAGUGAGCUCCUCCUGGUGGCGUGUUAACAGAUCAACUCUCUGAGAAUUUCUAUUCCUUUCUUUUGCACUUUGCUUUACGAGCUGCCGCGUGAGGUCUGCUGCACCACGUCAGGAAGGACACAGGAGCUAACGUUUCAGGAAGGACACAGGAGCUAACGUUUCAGGAAGGACACAGGAGCUAACGUUUCAGGAAGGACACAGGAGCUAACGUUCGGAGAAAUAAAAAGAAAGGAAACCUCAGGAAGCUGACGACACUGAGGUGGAACGAUGACGGAGGAGAUGAAGAAAGAGCUGAACUGUCGCAAUGAUGUUUAUAAAGUAGUGGUAGAAUAAGAAAGUUAAUCUGAUUAAAGAAGAGAAUGUUGAUGUUGAUAAAGUUUAUCCACCACAGCACUUUUAUUAUUUUAUUAUUCAUUCAUGUGUUUUAUUUUAUAUACAUUUUAUUUUAAAAUCAUUUUUGUUUUAUUAUAUAUCCACAUUAUACACAACCUGCUUGUCGUCCACUGCCUUAAAAUUAGUGUGAAGUAUUUUUUACUUAUAGUUGAAUUGAAUAAACACACGUGAAGUUUUGGGUAUGAAGUGGAUUCUAUAUAACAAUAUAUCAUUUUUGUUACGUGAACAAGGUUUUUGGAAGAAGAAGAAGAAGUAGAAGUACUUGUGAGUAGUAAUAGAAGUUGAAAAUGUUUUAAAUGCCAAAUUUAUAAAUGAACUUUGGUAUGAAAAAAAAAAGAGAAUCAUAAUUUUCAUCUUUUAUUUAUUCAAACAUAAAAUGAAUAUUGAACAGAAUCAUUUUUAUACAAAGUGAGCGAUCAGCUGAUUUUAUAAAGUUUGGUUUUGUCUUUAUCUUUUAACUACAUGAACAUUCCAUUAAGCCUCAUUAACUUUUUACUUCAUUUUCUUUUCCUGUUUAUUGUUUCAGCUCCUUCAUAUAAAAUAGUUGGGUCAACACGGCCGACGUAGCUAAUCGUUGUCAUUUAUAUCACAUUAUUUUAUUGAAUUGAACUUUCAAUGCUUUUUGUUGGUUUUCUAUUUUCUACUGUUUGUAACAAACAGAAAAUAAA